GCCCUCCACCCCCCCCUUGCCAUCUCCAGCUUCGCUCAUCCAUCUUGCCUGCUCGCUCACUCAAAAGACCGACUUUGGCGGGCACUGUCGUCCCAACAUCACGCCAUGCCGCCGAUCGGCCAUCCUUUACGAGCUCGCGCAAUCGGGCUCUACAAGACGCUCCACCGACUAGGUCGAGACUAUCCCGAUCCAAAGUACGAUUUCCUGGGCAAACUUCGAAGGACGAGCUUUGCAAACGCUCACUUGACGGAUGAGAAGGAGGUGCAAAAGUUUUUGGACAUUGGAGAGUUUGUGAGAAAGGAGACGGAGACGCUUUAUUUUUUGAAGAAAUAUAGGACGUUGAGGAGUAGGUACGUCAAGGAGGAUUAGGGGAGACUUGUUGGGCGCGUAGCGACCCAAAGGAUUGGAGCACACGAUGAGUGAACGAGGUGAGGGGAGAGCGAGAGGAAGAGGCAGGGGCAGGGGUAGGGGUAGGGCAAGAGGAGGACACGGGACAGCGGCAUCUCCACCUGCUGCUUCGUCAACCACACAAGCAGACUUGACACCCACCACCUCUCAGCGUGUGCGCAAGCAGGCAGCGCUGCCACUCGGAUCUGUCUCUUGGGAGUCCGUAUCACUGCAGCGGAGCGCAAAUCGUGACGGCGCGCGGGCUCGCGCAUCCGCCGAUGAUGCAGAGGAGGAAAUGGACGUGGACGAAGGGCAAGGCGGCGGAGGGGAAGGGGAAAGGGAAGGGGAGGAGGAGGAGGAUGAAUAUGGUUGGCUGAAUGACAGCGGCGAGAGUCUACGAUCUGACUCUGCCGACGAGUAUCGAGAGUCGCCUGAACCGCAUCGCAAAGGCCGGCCUUCCACGAGCCAAGCACCAACAGGAGCUGCAUCGCGCACAGAUCCUCCAUCGGACGUCUACGCUGGCUUUCCUGAUCUGGAGCAACUGAAUCUGACCGGUAUGCCGCCAAUCGGCACAACGCGAAGAAAGAAAAGAGAUGCGAGGAAACGUGUGCAGCCUUCUAAGCAUCUCAUGGAGAGGCCGGCUGAUUGGGCCAAAGCGAGUCAGAAGAAACGCGAGCUGGACCGCCUUCAAACUGAGCAGGAACCAGAUCAGGAAGGUGAAGUCGACGCGGAAGAUUUCGGUCGUUUGAUCAACGGAAUAGCAAGUGACGCAGUCGAUCCUGCAUCGCGUGGUCCUGCAUGGCGAGCUGCGCUGGGUGCUGUCGAGCGAAAUGAGGACCUUCAGGAUGGCGAGGAAUUCAACGCAUUCACCAUCGAGGAUGAUCUGCGCGCUGCUGCUGGGUUCCGUCGUUUGCGAGCGCCCGGUCAGGUAGCUAGGACUCGUAGACGUGGUUUGGGCGAAGAGAAUUUCUCCGACGAGGUCAAGCAUUUGCUGAUGAAGGCCAACGAAGCGUACAUCGACGCUCGCUUCCCCGAGGCUAUCGAGGCGUUGAGCAACGUCAUCCGUAUCGAGCCGACGGUCCGCUCAGCAUGGGGAACGCUUGCACUGAUCCAUCUGGACGACUUGCGCAACAUCGAACAGGGUCUACAAUGUAGGGUCAUCGAGGCUCACUUGACCAAGUAUUCGCUGGAAUCGUGGAGAGAGAUCGCAGAGGCUAGUGAAAAAGCGCAUCUGCACGAUCAGGCGGAAUACUGCCUUGGUCAAGCUGUACGUAACUCUCGAGUGAAGGACAAGUCGGACGUCAUGGACCUCAUGUGGCAACGCGCCAACAAGCUCAGCGACAUGAGCGGCGUGCUCGAUAAUAACACAGCCGAUGCGGAUUGCGAUGUAAUGCGGUGCAAGCAGGCCGUGCAGGCCUUUUUUCAAAUCCUACAUCAUCGUCCUCACAAUCCCGACAUCAUUCAAGCCGUUGUGCCGCUGCUCUGCGCACUGAACCGGUACGAUCGGGCUGCCAAGCUUCUUGUGGAAGCAAGGGAAUACAACCUGGCAGUGUUUCCGGAUCCGACGGAAGAGCCAGACGCCGCGCAGGGAGAGGCCUAUCAGCUUCGCCCUACUUUCGGGAGCAACGAGAUUGUAUCUCUCGCCGACAUCUACCUCCGCCUAGGGCGCCCGGUAGAUGCGCUAGACACGAUUCGCGGCGGAGCUCGAUGGUUGCAAGGUCGCGCAGAAGAAGAGUGGUGGGACGACUUUGACUCGGAUGAUCGGGAGUUUGACCUGAAGAGAGAGGAGGGAGGACCCAAAGGCAUUGCGAGACCCGAUCCGACCCGUCGCGUCAUGGCGGCACCGGUUCAUCAGCUGGAUCCAGCGAUGCGCGUUCGCCUUGGCCUGAUUAGGGCAGCUCUCAAAGACACGGAAGAGGCAAUGUUCCAUUUCAGCAUCUGGAAAGCGGAAGUUUCGAUGAAGGACAAGCUGCAAUGGGAAAUGUUUAGACAGGUUGGCAGGGCAUUGGUACAGAACGAGUUGUGGGCAGAAAGCGAAGAGUGGGUCGAAGCCAUGCUCUUAUCCCAGAUUGAAGAGCUCUGCACGUAUGACGUAGCGCAGCUCUACGCUCAGAGUCUGCAACACAAUGGCAGGCUGGAGGAUGCUAUUUCCCAAUAUAUCCAACUCAUUGAACAGUGCCCGGAUGACUUGCAAGUGCGCAUUUGGCUUGCUCAGACUUACGAGGCGAAUCACGAACGAGACAAGGCGAUCGAGGCGCUGCGCGAACUUGUCCGUCUUCGUCAGGAGCUUCCAAGCACGGACAUGGAUGACGCAUCUGCCCUCGCAGCUUCUGCCACAUUCUUUCGUGAACACAAAAGCAGGGGUCGUGGAACGGUUCAUCCUCACUCUGCACACUCGAGGCGGGUCACGGCUUCAAAGGAAGAGAGAGCAAGGCUUUAUGAGGCUCGCCAGUACGAGAUUCGAAUCAGCUGGGCCGACAUGGAGAAGAAAGAAGAUCAAGUGUUUGUAGAAGGAUGGUGGAGCCACGAUAUGCCUUUCGAGUCGUCGCAGAAGCUACCUUUGCUGCUGGGCGAAACCGCAGAAGAGCGGGAGGCUCAUCUUGUAGCGUGCUCCGAAUGGCUCGACCUGGCCCGAGGCCUGACCGAUGGCUUUUGUGCCGUUCGAAAGCUCUUCAUCAGGGACAAGGGGUUCAAAUCUGAACAGCAAAGCGACCGUCGAAGAGAUCUCCGAUCAAACUUGGACAGGCAAGCCAAUUCGCUGAUCUCGCGCAUCAGAGACAGCCUUGUCGAGGAUGGCCAUCCCGUUGACCCUGAUGCAAUGGAAUUCUGCGGAGUACACUUUGACGAUUGGCUACUUCUCUUCAUGAAGUAUGCUUUCGUCUUGACAAAGAUGGGCAACGUCCAAGAAGCGUACGAGAUACUGUCCCAUAUUGCUACGGUCAACGUCUUUUGGAAUUCUCAGGAUUAUAGUCUAGUCAUCAACUUGACUCAUGUCGCUUGCGCGCUCUACGCUCGAGACGCCUAUACGAUGUUGGAGACUGCUCGUCAGCUUGCCGUCACCUGGCAGUUCCACGCUGAGCCUCUCCGAAUCGUAACCACUCUGGCCAAUACGUUGGGCUUUUAUGCGAUCGACUCUUACACGGCGCCGCACGCGCAGAAGAGCCUUUUGCGAAGGAAUCGUAUUCACGAAGCCAUGGUAGCGCGCGAGCCGCACCAUUUUAGGAACGAUCGUUGGGUGGUCUUGUCGAGCCUCAGCAGACCGUCUGGUCGGCGUGGCGCAGAGUGGGAUCGCCAAAGCGAUGACGAAGCGGAGGAAGAGGAAGCGGAGAGUGCCGAGGCAAAUGACGCUCUGAAGAGUGCCGAGGAAGCGCUUCUGGCUGCUGAUCAAGCCUUUGAGGAGAAAAGCAGAGCUUUCCGGGCAAGGUAUCGUCGCCCGACGCAGUUCAACGCGCCCGGCGAGAUUACCUAUGGGUCCCUCAUGCUUGGCACACUCAGUUGGCAGGCGUCACUAGCGUACUGGCUGCGAGUUUUUGCAAAGCAUCAGCACGAUCCUCUUGUCUCUCUAGGCGCUGCAGCAGCCUGCCUACAAAGAGCUAUGCAGCGGCAGGUUGAUAAUCGACAACACUUUGUGCUUCAGGCGAUCACUCUGCUCGCAUCUUAUCGCAAACUGCGUCACCCAAAGAGUGUCGAGGUGGAAUUCAACUUUGGACGCGCCAUGCAUCACAUUGGACUGAACCACAAAGCAGAGGUACACUACAGACGCGCGCUGGAGCUGCACGAUGAGUGGGAAGCACGGGCCAGAGAGGGCGGCAGCGCAACGCCCGACGACCCGGACCCACGCGAGCGAGGAUUCGACUGCUAUAGAGAAGCAGCUCACAACCUAUCCAUGCUCUACACUCUGUCUGGAAAUCCGCACUUGGCCCGCGAGAUUUACGAGCGUUACCUGACCCUACACUGAUCUCUUGGCAUAAUCUACCAUUUUCAUCCUUGAACUUUGUUCUAGAACAACUUGAGGGUGGUGGGUACUUCGGAG